UUUUCGAGAUUUUUCUCUCUCUUUUUUUUUUUUUCCCACCUCUGGGCUCUUUUGGAUUUACCCCUCCGCACAUCCAGCGGCCAGUGGGGAUUUUCAGGCAGAGAAGGCGGCACCGUCGCUUCUGGGCCGAAACUCAACCCCGCCGACUUCAAUCAAUCCAUGCAUUAUUUGGCUGCCUUCGUUUUGCUGCCAAUUCACUGCGAGUUGACUGGGAUGUUUCGGAUAUUCCCUCCUGGUGGGCAUUCAUUCAUCCAGGUCUGCUGGACAGGGACAUGUAGUAAAACAACACAAAGAAAAGGUUCUGGUAGAAGCCGUCGGAACCAAGGUGCUGAAACAGUCUCAACCGCUCCGAACCCAAUCUUGACUCCGAUGUUUGGAUCCAUGGCACGUUCUGCAGCAGUUUUAAAACGACUUUCGAGGCGGUUGGGCAUCCGCACCGAAUUUGGCAAGAUUAUCAGUGCACUUCAAUCGCGGCCAUUCUCGUCAUUGAUAACGGGUGCUCAGAGACUUUUCGAUAGUAAAGGAUUUCAGAUGAGCCUGUUAGUCGACAAGAUGGAAGAUAGACGAAAAUCAAGUCCCCUGAUCCCUCGUAGGAGAAGGCUUCCUGUAAUGCAACUCAUCAAUAUACCUACGAUUGGGUAGUUGCGUGAAGCUCGUACACGGGGCUCUUUGCCAAGUUUCUGAACCGGAACUGACUGCGGUGUCAACAAGGUAGUUUUACAGACAGCUAUCUCCAGCAUCUAUGACUCCAGACUUAACAAAGGAAAACUGUGAGGAUUGGUUUCGGAUUGCCUUCUAGUACUGUACAG